AUGUUAUCAGCUUUUUAAAAAGAAGUGAAUACAAAUUUUUCUGAAAACCAAGAUAAACAUUUAGAAUCUUAAAAUGAAUUAUAAGACAACAAAAUGAGAAUAAUUUUAAUGGCAAUUGAAAUUGAAAGAUUACAUAAGAUCUUAAAUUCUAAAAUAGAUUACUACAACUAAAAAAUGCAAGACUAUAUUAAGAGAGGUUAAAGUUAUAUGUAAAUCUUAGAGUUAUUUUAUAAGGGAUAAAUUGUUUAAUACUUGUAAGAGAAUACUGAAUUGAAUUAAAAUAUUCUAGAGAAAAAUGCUUUGAUAUCUAAAAUUUUUAAAGAAAAGUAUAAGGAAUUAGUUAUGUAGUUCUUAAUAAGAAAUGAAUAUGCUUAUAACUCAAUAGUGUCUCUAAUUUGAACAAGAACUAAAAAGUUCUUUGUUGAGGAAUUUAUAAUUAUAAAAGGAAAAUUAGGAACUUCGCUACUAAUUUGAUAAUGCUCCUUAAUUAAGGAAAUAAUUAACUGAUUUAGAAUAAUUAUACUCAUAAUUGUUGAUAGAAAAAAAUGAAGAAAUAUAGCAAUUGACAUAAAAUAACCCAUAAAUUUCACUUAAAAAUUCCUUAUUAUCAACUCUUAAUUAGCUUUUAGAAUAAAAAGAAUUAGAAUUAUAGGAAUGGUAAUAUAGCUCUUAAUAAAGUAAUUUAAUUCAUGAAAACCAAAGAUUAACAAAAGAGCUUAAAUUCUUGAAUGAUAAAUUAAAUUUGCUAUUAAUUAGUAAUGAUCAUCUCACAGUUAAAUAGGAUGAUAUUUACACAAAAAACUAUUAUUAACCGACUUAACCUAAUUAACAUACAUAAGAAAAUGAUUAAAAAUGCUAAAUCCCCAGAAGAUAAUAAAUGAAUCAUAAUUAAUUUUUUAAAAGAUCAAAUACUCCUUAAAUAUAACCAUCAUAAAUACCUAUAAACAUUUAGUCUUUAUCAUAAGAAUAACGAGAAACAAACAAUUAUCAAAAUGGCAAUUAAAUUAAUGAACUUCUCUAAUAAGUUUUAUUGAUUUAAAAUGAAAAAUUCUAAUCAAAAUAAAGAAUAAACAAUCAAAUUUCUUUAUUAAGUAGAGUUUUAAAUCUAAAGCUACAAGAAAUAUCAUAAUAUCUUUGCUAAAACAAGUAAAAUGUUUAAUUAAUUAGAAAUCUUAGUAAUUAUGUAGUCAAUUAAAAAUUGUCAACAUCACCUUAAAUUGUAAUUAAUCCAAAAUUAAAGAGAUUUCAAAAAUAUUAUAGUGUGUCUCCAAAUAACUGUUAUUCUUAACCUUAUACUAUUUUAUAACCCUAUUAAAAAAGUCCUGUUCAUUAACAUCAUCAUGGAAUAAGGACUGAGACUACAUUUCUUUCCUAUUAGAAUAUAUUUAAAUAAUAGUUGACUCCAAUAGUUAUGAUGGUAAAAUAAUUAAUUGAUUAAUAGCCAUAAAAUAUAGUCGCUCAUCCUUAAACCAGACAACAAACUUAAGUUCAUUAUAAUUUUUCUCCAAUUCAAAAAACUGUUAUAAAAUAGAGUUUUCAGAAUCCACCAUAUAUUGUAAGAGGAAUAUAUCCUAAUGAGACUGCUUAAUUUUAUUAGCCUAUUAAGUACUUUAUUUACUAUUUAGAAUAAAUGUUAACCAACCUAAUUUAAGAGUUUUCGAAAGAUAGGAAUAAACCCUCUUGGAAAACUCUCAUCAACCACAAUUCGAUGUUUAUACAACUGAAUUCUAAGUUAAUUCUUAAGAAAAUAUAAAUAACGAAGGGUCUAAAACAGCUAACUAACAGAAUUUCCAAGAUAAAUAUGGUAUUUAUUAGUUCACAAUAUUAUAGAAGGGAAUGGUAAAUCUCAAAAGCAAAAAAAUGAAUUAGAUAGGACAUUACCUAAAAAUAUAUCUCGUUUUAAUGAAACUGAGUCGGUAUCCUAAAAGUCAUUUGAAAUCUAAGAUUAACAUAUUUUUAAUAAAAUAAUCUUAUAAGAUCCUGUGGCAAUUGUAAAGUAGAAUUUAGAUAGUUAACAAUAAUCAGAAUAAAAUAUUAAAGAGAAUAAUAGUUUAUAUCUAAUUUACAAAUAGUUUCAAGACUUUAGAUUGAUAUUCAAGCAGAAACUAUAAAGGCAAGAAUAGGAAAUUUAAAAAACGUAUUCAAAUUCUUUGGAACAAUUAUAAAAUCUAGAGAAUUAAAUGUUAGUUAUGAUGAAUGAAAAAUAAUAAAAAAUUUAGAAUUAAAGAGAUAAUAAAUUUAAUAGAAUUUCUUAAGAAUAUCAAAGCUAUAAGAUUUAAUAGCCAAAUUCUGAUUGCAAAAAAUAUGAUAUACAAACAUAGGUUAAUGAGUCUAAUGAUUUGGAAUUAUAAAUUGCUUCGCAGAAGAAAUUACUUAAUGAAUAAUAAACUCAUUUUUUAUAAUUACUUUAAUUAUAGGAUGAAAUUCAAAAUUACUAUGAGUCUUUAGUGUCUUAGUUAUAUUAAAGAGAAUCAGAAUUAAACAAAGAAGUAUUAAAAAUAAAAUAGGAUCAUGAAAAUUAAAUAUUAAAUUUAACAAGAUUAUAAAAUUAAUCAGAAGAAAUUAGUCACCUUGAAUAAUAAAAUUCCUCCUUAUAACAAUAAUUGCAAGAUUAUAUGAAGGAAUUCAAAGAUAUUCAAUUUAAAUUAAAAUUUGAACAAGAUUAACAUCAGUUCACAAAGCAUGUAGUUGAAUCGUUGUAAAUAGAAACUAAUACUUAUUAAAAUACUAUAGAAGAGAUUUAAAAGCGAAACAAAAAUUUAGAAUAGGAACUUAAAAAUACAGAAUAAUUGUUAUUUGAAACAUAAAACUCAAAAAUGCAAACAUAAAACCAGAAUAAAGAGACUUAAACUAUAUCAGUAGAACAGUAAUAAUCAUUUUACAAUGAUUAGAUUGAAAUAGAAAAUCUAAAAUAAAAGUUAUUCUUUGAAUAAGAAUUAUCUAAUCAACUAAAUGAUUCUAUUUCUGGUCUCUAAUAAUAAAUUUAAACUUAAGAAUAAUUACUAUAAUAAUACAAAUUAAGCAACUCAAAUCAAUUCGAAGAAAUUCAAAAUCUAACAAAAGAGAAAAUUGAAAUUGCUUAAUAAUUAAAAAUGAUUUAGAUUAAAUAUUUGUCAUUAAAAGAGUAAAAUGAUUUAAUGUAAAAGUAAAAAGAUGUAAAUCAAAAUAAUGAAUAAAUAUAAAAUAUGGAUGUCAUUCAGAAUUUAAACUUUUAAAUAGAAGACAUGAAAUAACUCAACUAAUUUCUUUAAAAUUAGUUAUCUUAAAUGCAAUAAAAUAGUGAAAUAUAAAUGUCCGCUCAAAAUACAGUUUUAUCCUCUAAAAUUGCUCUUUUAGAAAAACAAUUAUCAACAGAAAAAAUAUUAAAAGAAUAAGCAAAUAGUAGAAUACUACAACUUGAAAAUUAAGUCCAAGGUUUUCAAAAUCAGCUAUCACAUGGUCAAACAAAUGACUUAAAAGAACAGAUUUUUUAAUUAUCGAAUUAGUAAUUGCUAUUAAAAUAAUAAAAAGAUAGUUUGGUUUAAUCUUUUGAAUUAGACUUAAAUCAACUUAAACAAUAAAUUAUUGAAUUGACUAAUUAAAAUAGAAAUUAUCAAGAACAAAUCAAAGAUUUUGAAACAAAACAGCUUCUACACUUAUAAUUAUAAAAACAAUAUACAAAUUAAACUCAUUUGGUUAAUUAAUAAAAAUAACAAAUAAUUAUUUUGCAAUAAGAAAAUAAUCAAAAUCAUAAUGAUUUACAAAAAUUAAGAUAAAAUUUAAAAUUGGAUAUAGAGGAUUUUGAAGGCUAUUAAAAUGAAUAAAUUAACACAUUACGAAAGCAAAUUGAUAAUCUAAACUCAUAACUUUAGAACUAAUAAAGAGAUAUCAAUUAUUUAUAAAGUUAAAUAUAGUUUGAAUAACGAGAAAAAAGCAUUAUUAUUUAAAAUAAAAAUAUUUUAGAUGGACAUAUAAAAUAAAUGCAAGAAGAAAAUUUAUAAUUGUAGAGUUAAAUCUAUAAAUAAAAGAAUGAUAUUGAAGAAUUACGGAAAAACAUGAGAUAAUCUAAUAUUAUUGAUAAUUCUUCAAAUUAAUAGGAAAUAUUCAUUUAUAAAGAAUAGAAAACUUAUAAAAAUUAAAAUGAAUCACUUUAAUAAGAUAUUAAAAAUUUGAAAUAAGAGAAUCGAACUUUAAUUUAAGAAUGCCAAAAAUUGAAAGAUGCUCUAUUAUAAGUAACAGAGGAAAAAACUAGGUUAGAAAUGAUUUUUAAUUAUUAAAAUUAAGUGCAAGAAACUCAGUUUCAAGAAAUUCAAUAAUCUCAAAUCAUAACUUAAAAUAAUAAAAAUGAGGGGUAAGAUUAAGUAAAAUAAGAUGAGUUUUAAAUUAAAUAAAACUAAAUUUAAGAUUUGAGUAGUAAAAUUUCUACAGCUUUGGUUAAAUUAGAUGAAUUUGAUGAUUUGAACUUUAGGAUUGAGAAAAUAAAACAAGAUUUAUAGAAUUAGAUUCAGAAAUUAAAACAACAAGCUAUUUACAUUUAAUAACAUAGGAUUUAAAAAAAUGAAGAUGAUAAAAUUAAAAAAAGCAAUCAGUAAAAAAAGUAUCCAUCAAAUUAGCAUAACUAAUAGGCAGAUGAAAUAGCAUAAAUAAUUUAAGCAAUAAGUAUAAGCAUAGGGGAUUAUAUUCAGCUUAAUUCAUAAAUUCAUUUGAUUACUGAAAAGCUGAAGCAAUUAUUAGGUGAUACUAAUAAUAUAGCUGCAUCAAUUCAGUUGUAAAAUAGGACCUUGAUAAACUAAGAAAAUGAUUAACGACAAAAAAGUAGUUCUAUUUACACUAAUUAUGAAGAGCAAUAUAAAGAGUUAUUGAUCGAGAAUGAUAAAUUAAAUUAAAAAGCAAAUUAAUACUAAAAUCUCUUAAUAUAAUUAUAGGAUGAGUAUUACAAAUAAGGAUCUGCACUUAACAGUAUAACAAAGGAGUACUAACAAAUUAAUAAUAAAAAUGAAUUUAAAAUAAUUAAAUUAAUUCAUUUUGAACAAUUAAAUGAUAAAACAAAAGAGUAAGAAAAAUAAAUCCAGGAAUAUUUACAAUAGAUUUAAGACUUAUAAAAUUACAUUGAUUAAGAAUAAAAAAAAUAUUUUGAAGAAAUUACAAGUCUGAAUCAUUAAAUAGAAGAAAAUUAGUUGCAAGGGAAAAACUAUAUCUAAAUUAAUUAAGAAAAUAGUACAUUAAAACAGGAAAUAUCUAAUCUAUAGUCUGAAAUACAAAAAUAAUAACAUUUAAUAGAAGAACUAAAACUCAUAUAAAUAUAAAAUUAAGAUGAAUAUGCACAACAAAAGCAAGAGGCUUAAAGAUUAUAUUAACGAUUAUUAUAAAUAUCAAAUAGUUACAAUGUACUAAAAGAAGAAAAAGAGUAGGAGUAGCAAAGAUUUUCAAGAGAGAGUAGAUAAAUUUAAGAAAGUUCUGAAAAACACAAAAAUGAAAAUAUUUAAUAUAAAUUAUACGUUGAUAGAUUGUAAAAAUAGCUUUAAGAAUAAAAGAAUUAAUCAGAUAGCAAUCUAUAAUAAUAACUCAAAAAAGUAUAGACUAAAUUAGAAGCCAGUUUAUAAUAAUAAAAUUUAAUUCAUGAUGAAAAGAAAAUAACCAAAGAUCAAAUUUAAUAAUAAUAAGAGUAAUUAGCAAAUUAAUUAAUUACAAUAAAUCAACUUAGAUAGGAAAUAUCCAGAUAGGAACAGGUUAUAUCCUAAUUGUCUUAAUAAAAUAAUAUCCAAUCAUCAUUUGUCUAAGAGGUAACAUUUUUUGAUGAUUCCAAGAAUUCUUCUCCUUUAGAAUUUAAAGUAAAACAACUACAAAAUGAAAAUUCUCAUUUGCAUCAACUAUUAUUAGAUAUGGAAAAAGAUUAUACUCACAAAAUCAAAUUAUAAUAGCUUUAAAUUUAGGGAUUGAAUGAUAAAUUAAGAGAAAUGGUUUAUGAAUAAACUAAGAAAGUUCCUAAAGUAGAUGAAUUUGCCAUCAAUUAUUAGAAUCAUUGA